GCUGUGUUUUCUCUCUCAUUCCCACAGCUUCAACAGAAAGCCCGCUGUCUGAUUCCGUUACCUUCUUCUUCAUCAUAUGUGGAGAGAGAAAGCUAGAACCGACCAUCUCAGACCAUAAGAACCAAAAGACCACUUCACAAAGAUCCAUACAUAUAUAUAUGUUGUUGUUAUGUCGGUAAUAUUAAGUGAGCCAAUUCAGUGCUGUCAGUAUUCUGACGAAGCCAUGGAUCACGACCACGACGAUAAGAACGCCCGGGUCGGCGGCGGCGAAGGCCUGUGGGAGAUAGAGGAAGAGAGGUCGUCGGAGGUGCAGGAGAGCCACGGUGGGUCAUGGGCGGCGGCAGCGGUGGGGGUCGAAGAAGAAGACACUGUGUACGUGGGAGUGGGGAAGAGCGAGACGAGCAUGGAGGCUCUUUCGUGGACCCUCAAGCACCUGAUAACUUCUCCUUCCACCAUGGUCUAUCUCAUCCACGUCUUCCCUGAGAUCAAACACAUUCCUAAUCCAUUGGGAAUAGGUAUGGUUCCAAAAAACCAAGUGAGUGCAGAGCAGAUUGAGAGCUAUGAGGCUCAAGAACGUGCCAAGAGACGACAGCUUCUUUCCAAGUUCCUCCAAUUAUGCUCUUCUUCCCAGGUCAAGGCAGAGACCAUUUUAAUUGAGAGUGACACGGUGGCCAAGGCAAUCCUGGAACUCGUCCCCAUUCUUCACGUAGGAAAGCUCGUUAUUGGAACCAACAAAUCCAAUCUAAGAAAAUCAAAAUCGAAGAGAGGGAAUAAUGGGAUAGCAGAUCAGAUUCUGCAGAAUGCACCAGAAAGUUGCAGGGUCAGAAUUAUAAGUGAAGGCAAAGAAGUCAACCAACAAAUGUUGACCAUGAUGUCUCCUUCUCCUCUUGCUCCUUCCCCUCGUGCAGCCAUGGCUGACAGCAAUAAUAAUAAUGAUAAUCACAUUCGGACGUCCAUGCCAAUGAAAGAAGAGGAUCAUCACAAUGGUCCAGUUUCUUGCGUCAAAACACAAGGAUUUAUAUCAGUAUUGAUCAACGUUCCUGUCGGAUACUUGUAA